AUGUUGAAACAGCUUCUAGAUAAAGACGGUUUCUUGACAGGAAAACGUGUGCUUGAUCUGGCCUGUGGUCAUGGCCACUAUACACGUGAAUUGAAAGCGCUUGGCUGUGCUUAUAUUGUCGGCAUCGAUGAAAGUUCAACAAUGAUUGAACUCGCUCGUAAUCAUAAGUGUCAUGGCUCGGAAAAUAUUGAAUACAUGGUUGCCGACGUAAAAAAUUUACCUCCACCAAAGACACAAUUUGACUUAGUCACUGCAUUCUAUCUAUUUGACUAUGCUAAAACAAGAGAUGAAUUACUUGCAAUGGUACGCGUUAUUUACGCACAACUCGGUGAAAAUAAGACCUUUAUUGGUAUCAUAGGCAAUGUAGUGACAGGCAAAGCCAUGUUCGAUAAUAGGAAAUAUGGUAUAACAAGAAAAACAAAAGUUUCCCUAGAUGGUGAUGCAUUGCCAGAUGGCACGGAAAUCAUUGUGACGCUCUACGAUGGCGAAGAUGCGGAGAUGUGUAGCUUUCCGAAUUAUCAUUAUUCGCCGGCGACCUAUGAGCAAGUGUUUCAAGAAGUGGGCUUUAAAACAUUUCAAUGGGUUCCCUACCAGUGUGAUCCCGAUUAUCCUAACCGAACAUUUUUUGAUGAUUUAAUCAAUAGUUCUCCUUCGAUUGGCAUAAUAGCAACAAAAUAA